AUCCAGUCUCCCGUCUUCCGGAAUUGCAACCACAUAAGGCCCAUCCACAUGGGAUGGGUGUGAUACUGCAUAAUUACUACCUACUUUUUCGUGUCUCGAAAAUCCAUUUAUCGAUUCCGGGGCUGUUAGUUUGAUAUCGAACUAAUAAUGGGGGCUUACGGUGUUUCUCUUGUCUUACUGACCGCGGUGGGCGCGCUUAUAUUGAACUUUGUCUGUAACUUAUAUCGCCAUCGACGGGUUUUCAAGGACUUGCCCAAACCACCUCAUAGCUUCCUAUGGGGUCAUAUCAAACUGAUGGGAGAGAUUUCAAACCAGCUACCGCCAAAUUGUCACAUACAAAUACUCCCCACGACCAUCGCACAGAAGUACGGGUUGAAAGGCAUCUGGUAUCUUAAUUUGUGGCCUAUAGCAGAUCCAGAAGUCGUCCUAACAGACCCAGACCUCAUGGAUUCUGUGCAGGUAGCGAGAGUGUUCAAUCAGCACCGGCUAGCACAGGACGUGUUAACGAGCGUCCUCGGGGAGGACGUUGUCGCCGCCGCAAACGGGCCCGUGUGGAAAAAGCUGCACAAUGCAAUGGCCCCGGCGUUUCUGCCCUCUCACGUCAGGACACUCGCUUGGCUGAUAGCCGAGGAGACGGUGGUUUUCAGGGGAACUCUGAAAAGGCUCGCGAGAAGCAACCAGGCCUUCUCCGCGGAGCACGAGUUGUCGAAGCUGAUAUUCGACGUCGUUGGUCGCGUCGUCUUCAAUUUCCCGCUCAACGCCCAGACGCAGGGCAGCUCAUACCACGAAGACCUGAAGCGGACUGUCCAUCUGCUCAAUCAGCAGAUCUCUCCUAACCCUCUAGUGAAGCUCCAGGCAACACUGAAAAAGCGGGCUGUCCGGAAGCGGGUCGAUGCAUCUGUUGCUGCGAAGAUCCAGGAGCGCUUGGUCGCGCUGAGGAGUGAGAACAUCGUGCCUUCGCGUAAGGAUCCCCUUAGCAUUCUCGACUUGAUGCUUCGAGAAACGGUGCUGCGAGGUGGGACCAGGAAAGGUUCCGGGGCGGUUGAGCUCCCCGAAGGGGAAUUGGAGUUGUUAGUGACAAACGUCAAAGGUCUUCUACUUGGUGGGAUGGGAACAAGCGUUGACACCUUAUGCUAUGCUUACAUGCUCUUGUCAAAACAUCCGGAAGCUGUUCAGAAAAUGCUCGAAGAGCAUGAGGCUGUGUUUGGUAGGGACCUCGAGACAAUCUUAGAGAACCUGAAGGAGUCACCGGCAAAGCUAGGCGAGCUAGGAUAUACGACGGGCGUGAUCAAGGAGACACUACGGCUUUUCCCUAUGGGAUACGGCGUCAAGGAAGCACCAGCAGGCGCAACGGUCUCGUACCAAGGCCGCGAGUACCCCGUUGACGACAACUUAGUCACCGCCCCCUGCUGGCACCAUGCAUUACGACCCGCUAUACUUCCCGGAGUCCAGCGCAUUUCGACCGGAGCGUUUUCUGGGCGACGGUGUUCCCCGCGGCUGGUUCCGCAGCUUCAGUCGCGGGCCGCGGGCCUGCCUGGGCCAGAACCUCGCUGUAGAUAUCAUGCGCGUGGUCCUGCUGCUCACUGCUCGAGAUUUCCACUUCGAGGUCGCCGGGCUCCAGCCUAAUCCGAAGCCCCGGGCGACCUACACGAGCCUCGAUACUAUCUUCGGCGAUAUCGUAUUCCAGGAGCAGUCCAUGGAGGCGAAACCUAGGGGUGGGAUGACGAUGACAGUUAGCGAGAAAGGGGUCGUUGCGUAGCAGGUAAUAGAGUAUAAGCUUUGCUGCUGAUUGAUUGCCAUGUCCGAGUAUCUUGCUGAUCAGGAGAGGGAGAGGGGUUAAUGGGUAUCGAUCGUAACAUUGCCCGUGUUGCUAAAGAACUACAACAACGGUUCGCUCAGUAACGGGGAGCACGACAGCGCUAAUGUGUAUGGAAAGCCGAAAUAAAUAUAUAA